CCAGUACGAGGCGCUCGUCGAGUGCGCCUACGGCGCCAUCGGCCAGCUCGUCUUCGGCGAGCGGUGCGACCUCGCGUGCGCCGCCGCGUCGCCGCCGGACCGGCCCGUCGUCGUCGGGUCCGUGACGCUGAGCGGCAUGAGCGCCGCCUACGCCGAGACCUUCGAGGACGCGUUCGUGGAGGCGAUCGUCGGCCUCGCGGGCGACCCCGACGUCGUCGACGGCGCCCUCGGCUUCCGGAACAACGUCGUCGUCUCGUACGAGCUCGUCUUCGCGACGAGCGGCGCGGCCACCGCCGCCGCCGCGCGCCUCGCCGCCGCGACGGCCGACGACUGGCUCGCCGCGCUCGCCGCGGAGGACGAAGCCGCCUUCGCGAACGCGCGCGUCGUCGACGGAGAGGCCGUCGCGACGACGGAGCUCGCGGCCGGGGGCCCGUCGUCGUCGUCGUCGUCGAAGAAGAAGGCCGACGACGACGGCAUCAUCGACGGCCUCAGCGAGGUCGACGGCAUCAUCGUCAUCGUCAUGAUCUGCGUCGUCGCGCUCGGCUGCUGCGUCUGCGCGGGCCUCGUCGCCAAGUACCAGGCGGACAACGGCAACUCCUUCUCCUUCCCGUCGCGCUCCAAGGCCUACGGCGCGCCGCCCAAGACCUACGCGGACUACAACCGCGACGCGCCGGCCGAGGACUACUCGCGCGACGGGCCCAACUACGCCGCGGACGCUUCGCCGCGCGACGACUGGCCCGCGUCGCCCGCGGCCGACGAGGAGUUCGCCUACGGCGCCGAGCCCGCGCGCGAAACGCCCGCGCACCCCAAGGACGACUACGACGACCCUCGGUGCCCGUCGCUCGAGGCCGUCGAUUUGGCGGACUGCCCCGCGUCGAGCUCGCUCGAGUUCCUCGUGAGCUGCGCGCUGUCGCUCGCCGUCGGCGACCUCUGCGAGGGCGACGGCGAGUGCGGCACGUCCGACGCCCUCAACAACUGCGGCGGCGAGGUCGGCAUCGAGGCCGACGUCUACCGCGCCGUCGCGGCGCCGACGCCCGCGCCGACGCCCGCGCCGACGCCCGCGCCGGCGCCCGCGUGCGCGCCGCUCGCGGCCGUCGGCGCGGCGGACUGCCCCGCGACGGUCUCGCUCGAGUUCCUCGUCAAUUGCGCGGCGGAGUCGCUCGUCGUCGGCGAUUUGUGCGAGGGCGACGGCGAGUGCGGCACGUCCGACGGCCUGAACAACUGCGGCGGCGAGGUUGGGAUCGAGGCCGACGUCUACCGCGUCGUCGACCCCUCCGCGCCGGAGCCCGCGCCGGCGCCGGCGCCGGAGCCCGCGCCGGAGCCCGCCCCCGCCCCUGCGCCGGAGCCGGAGCCCGCGCCCGCGCCGGCGUGCGAGGUGCACGACGCGUGCGUGGGCUGCUGCUGGCGCGUCGACGGCGGGCGCUGCGUCCAGACGGCGGAGUGCGCGCUCGGGUGCCCGAGCCUCGAGGCGCUCGCGCGCGACUCGCCCGACUGCCCCGAGGAGCUCGACAUCCGCGACUGCGCGACGCCGGGCCUCGUCGCCGGCGACCUGUGCGAGUCCGACGGCGAGUGCGGCACGGACAAGAACGUCGACAACUGCCGCGACGAGAUCCACAAGGGCGCGGACUUCUACCGCGUCGUCGAAUACGCGUCGCCCCCUUCCCCCCGCCCGACCGCGCCGCGCCCGACGGCCGCGCCCGCGCCGCGCCCGGCGCCGACGGCCGCGCCCGCGCCGACGGCCGCGCCCGCGCCCGCGCCGACGGCCGCGCCGACGGCCGUCGCGUCGUCGUCGAAGAAGAAGGGCGGCGGGGCCACCGUCGGCGCCUUGCCGAUGACGGACUUCAUCGUCGUCGUCGUCGUGCUGGGCCUCCUCUGCUGCGGGCUCGCCGCCGCGGGCGCGGUCCUCGCCGCGCGCGGGAGCCGGGGCGGCGUGAAGCGCGCGGCCUACGGCUUCGACCGCGAGCCCGCGCCCUACGCGGCCUCCGGCGCCGCCGCGCCCGGGCCCUACGCGCCCGCCGCGACCUCGAGCGACCGGUCGCCCGCGCCCUACGCCGCCGUGCCGGACCGCCAGGGCUGGGCCGAGAACCUCCACCGCCAGCGGAGCCCCCCGGAGAGCCCGAAGGCGCCCGGGAUCCCGUCGCCGGCGUCGCGCGCGUCGAGCUCCGGCACCUUCCCCCUCAUGAGCCCGGACGUCGUCCGCGCGCAGCCGCCCUACGUCGAGCCGGGCGCCGUCGCCGGCGACGACAUGGAGCUCGACGACGACGACGUCUUCGAGGACGACGCCUCCGGCGAUGUGUGGGAGACGCACGAGGAUCCGGCGACGGGGAACCGCUACUUUUUGAACACGAGCACGGGCGAGUCGCGCUGGCCGUCGCAGAUGGAGGACGCCGCGGUCGGCGCGUCGCCCGCGAGCCCCGCCGGCGGCGGAUCCUGGCUCGGGACGCUGCUCUUCGUCGUCUUCGCCGCCGCCGCGGCCUUUGGCGCGACGGCGCUGCCCGCGGACCACGCCGUCCGCGCCGCCUGCCCCUUCGAGUUCCCCGCGACGGACGUCGCGGCGCUGAAGCUCAAAAUCGCCGACGUCCUCGCGACGGCCGAGUACCGCGUGCCGCCGGCGUCGCCGGCGGUGGAGGCCGUCGACGACUCGGCGCUGCCGUCGGCGAGCGACGUCGCCGGCGCCGGCGACGGCGGCGUCCUCGCGCGGCUGCGCGCGCAUCAGAAGAAGACGGCCGCGGCCUUCUCCGUGCUGGCCCUCAUGCCCCUCUACAACAAGCUCGUCGCGCCCAACUGA